AUGUGUGGCUACUGCAGAAAAACAGAUAGUCACCAACCUGGCCAGAAUUGCCCAGCUUUCGGAAAACAAUGUUUAAAGUGUGGCAAGUACAAUCACUUCUCAACAUGUUGCAAGAGCGGUAAAAGUGAGAAACGUGGAUGGAGCAACAGAAACCGAGACCACCGGGGUGGAAACUCUCAGAAGCACAUCAAGAAAAUGUCGGAUGAUCAUACAAGCAGCAACUCAGACGACGAAUUUAUAUAUCAAUUAGUCAAACAUGUGUCGCACCAUGUAAAGAGAGUGCGAUCAGGCAAGAACCAGGACACUGUAUUGAUCAGAAUAGGAGACAUCGAUGCAAGCGUCGAACCAAACAGCGGAGCAAGUGCAAACAUAAUGGACGAGUACCAAUUCAGAGCUCUUCAACACAGACCGAAAGUCCAUCAAAGAAUUGGAACUGAGCAACGACACCUUAAAGACACUCCAAUCCACACUGGCAGUAAAAGGCGAGUUCAGGACCAUAUUACGAAACUGUAA